AUGAAGUUCUCUGUGAGCUUUGCGCUAUCUUUACUGCUACUAUCUUCCAAUGUAGCGUCGCGAAAUAUCCCUCCUACCACGGACCUUGUCGCUUCUGGAGAGUUGGAGCAUCCUGAAACCUGGGCUACUUUUGCACAGGGCCCUAAGCAUGCUGUCAACUUAGAGAAGCGUAAGGGCGGAAGCAGCGGCGGCGGCGGAGGGCGGGGCGGAGGCGGACGUUCCGGAGGAGGUAGUAAAGGCGGAGGUAAAGGCGGAGGACGCGGAGGGCGGCCACGCCCUGGCGGAAGUAGCGGAUCUCCUCCAAGGCCAGCCAACUCUGGUGGUACGUCUCCCUAUGGAUCAGGCACUCCUCGCAGCUUCGGUGGAUUUUACGGCGGAGGAGCUAGAGUGCCGUUCGCUGCCGGGGGCCGAACACCUCUAGGCCGUAGCCCAUCUUUCCUCCCUCUAGCUGCUCUCGCAUUCUUCCCUGGGCUUUGGCUCUAUGGCGUCUACGCCUAUCACCACUCCGACCCCUAUAUAUGGUACAAUAGAACCGCAAUGAGGGACCAGCUGUUCCCGGUUACCUGUCUAUGCCAGCAGUACUCUGUCUGCGGAUGCGAAGACAACAAUAACAACACUUAUAUCGACACGUUGCUGAAUAAAUCGGAUCCAAACAACAUCACAAGCGCCUCCUCAAUCGUUAGAAUUGCAGAGGCAAACGGUACGAUGUCCAUUUUCAUCAACGGUACAUUGGCAAAUGGAACAACUGCGCCGGAUGACAACCCAAAACAGUCCAUGGCACCUCCAAGGGUGCUUAGAAUCAGCGGCUACUGGCCCAUGGUUUUUAUGGUCCUUUCCGCUGUCCUCUUACUAUAG